CACGAUUAUCCACCCUAUCCUCCCAGCUCUCACUCGCGCCGCGCCGUUCACAGAAAAGAAAAGAAUUUUUUUCCUUUCUUUCGCUCUUUUCUCGUGUAACAUUGUGUGCGUGUGCUGAGGAUCGAACUAGGCUGUGGGAGAAGAAGAAAGAAGCAGUAGUAAUGGCGCUGGAGACGUGCUUCAGAGCCUGGGCUCUCCACGCGCCCCAGGCGCCGGCCUCCGGGCUCGCCGCCAGGGACAGGCUCGCCGCCGCCGGCACCGGCACCGCCUCCAGGGCGCCGAGGCUGUCCGUCACCUCGCCGGCGCCGCCGCUGCGGCCGGCGUCCCGCUUCGCCUGCCGCUGCAGCAACGCCGUCGACGAAGUGGUGGUGGCGGACGAGAAGAACUGGGACAGCAUGGUGCUGGGGAGCGAGGCGCCGGUGCUGGUGGAGUUCUGGGCGCCGUGGUGCGGGCCGUGCCGGAUGAUCGCGCCGGUGAUCGACGAGCUGGCCAAGGAGUACGUGGGCAAGAUCAGGUGCUGCAAGGUGAACACCGACGACUCCCCCAACAUCGCCACCAACUACGGCAUCCGCAGCAUCCCCACCGUCCUCAUGUUCAAGAACGGCGAGAAGAAGGAGAGCGUCAUCGGCGCCGUCCCCAAGACCACCCUCGCCACCAUCAUCGACAAGUACGUCACCUAGCCCUCCUCCUCUUCACCUCCUCCUUAAUUAAUUAUUUGUUGCUGUAAACCUGUAAUCCUGUCUCUGUACCUACUACGUACUGCUGCUCCCCUGGCUGCUGCCCUUGGAAUCAAAUACUGUGUAACUAUUGAUUGAUCUUUUGACUAGCAAAGAGGAGUCAAACUGUGCGUACGUGGAAUUCAUGUUAUAUAUUUAUUAUAUGGGCAUAUCGAUCUGUGCA